UCUCUCUCUCUCUCUCUCUCUCUCUCUCACACACACAAACACUCUUUCUCUCUCAGCUCCCCAGUAGCAUUUUGUUGCUGCUUUUGCCUUCGCCACCUUAAUAUAUGCAUGUAGGUUAAAUGAGUACCUGAUGAAAUAAAGCCCGUCUCCCCACCCCGGGUUACACGGUGAGGGGAAACCCGAUAGCGGAGAGGAAAAGUGGCCGCGCUGAAAAAAGCUCCGGCUUUUGGAAUUCCUCCGGCUCUGCUGUUUCCUCCCCCCCGCUUUCCCCUGCUCUAUCCCGGCAGAGAUGAUCAGUAGCACCGCUCUUGAUGGCUUAAAGAUGCAGUGGAACCCAGAGCAUGCACAGUGGGCAGAGCAGCACUUCGACAUCUCCUCAACGACCCGCUCCCCAGCCCACAAAGCUGAGGCAUAUCGUGGGCACCUGCAGAGGACCUACCAGUAUGCAUGGGCCAACGAUGACAUCUCUGCUCUCACCGCCUCCAACCUCCUGAAGAAAUAUGCUGAAAAGUACUCUGGGAUCCUGGAGGGUCCCAGUGAGAGGGCACUGCUGUGCUCGUAUUCAGAGAGUGCCCCAGGACUUCUUAACGGACGCAAGUCCGAAAGCGAAGUAUGGCAAGAGGGCAUCUACCCCAUGAACUGCACCGCAGAUGUGAUAUCUGCAAGCAAGGUUGUAGUGCCAGCUGCUUUACCAUCAGCGGACAGUGCAGCCAACAUUGGCAGCUCAUCAGGGGUGGCAAGCAGCCUGAGUGAACCCAGCUACUCCAGUAGCAGUUGUGGGAGCCAUACGCCUGCUGCCCUGCACUCGGGGAUCCCUUCUCAGGAGUUUGCGAGUGGCUACAAUGGCACUUACCUGCAUUCCACCUAUAGUGGUGGGCAAAAUACCCCAGCCCUACCUUCCCCACAUCCCUCACCGUUGCACAGCAGUGGGCUUCUUCAGCCUCCUCCACCCCCCCCUCCUCCUCCUCCGACACUGGUGCCUAGCUAUAAUGCAGGUUCGCCUAACCUCUCCAGUUACAACUACCCUCCUACAGCAUAUACCCCCCAGGCUUCUGUUGCUCCAGGCUACAGCCCUGGAGGAGCCCCCGCUCCGUCAGCCUACUUGCCCUCAGGCAUUGCAGCUCCCACUCCACUACCCCCCUCUACCAUUCCCGGCUAUUCCUACCAGUCCCACAACCAUGCGCCUAUUGCACCAACACCUUUGAAUGGCAGCUCAGCCAACUCACUGAAAAGAAAAGCUUUCUACAUGACAGGACAAGGAGACCUGGACUCCAGUUAUGGAAAUUUCAGUUACAACCAACAGCGCUCAACUCAAAGUCCUAUGUACAGAAUGCCAGAUAGCAACCUUGCUGACUCAAGCAGAGGGAAUGGAUUUGACAGAAAUGCUGAUACCACGUCUUUGCCAUUUAAGCCUACAAAGCAGCCAAUGUCCUCAGAUCAACAGCGUAAAUUCAGCAGUCAGUCUGGCAGAGCUAUCACCCCUCCAUCCUAUGGUGCAUCCAAAGGUUCCAUGGGGUCAGUGAGAUCAGGCGAGUCUUUCGGAAAGUUCAGUUCACCUGUUAUGAAUGAGCACAAUGAGGAGCACAGACAGCACUUGCCACAUUCCAUUGGCACAGUUCCCUCAAGUGGCCACCCAGCUGAAGAGCAGCUGAAAAAUAGUGACUCCAGCUUGGUAGAGAUGGUCACCACAGAGGUCCUCCAGCAGAUGCCCCCUGUUGACUGGAGUGACAUUGUUGGGCUGGAGCUGGUCAAGGCUACUAUUAAAGAGGAGGUUUUGUGGCCCAUCCUGAGGCCAGACAUGUUCAGUGGCCUGUCACCAUUACCACGCAGCAUCCUUUUCUUUGGACCUCAGGGCACUGGGCGGACAUUGCUGGCACGCUGUGUGGCUAGCCAGCUGGGUGCUGCAUUCCUUCAGCUCAGUGGAUCAGCACUAGUUAGUAAGUGGCUGGGGGAGGGCGAGAAGGUGGUGCAGGCUUCAUUUCUUGUAGCUCGCUGCCGACAACCUUCAGUAAUAUUUGUUAGUGAUGUAGAUCUCUUACUCUCACCACAGCUAAGUGAGGAAAGCCCAGUAAAUCGUAUAAAGAGUGAACUUCUCCUUCAACUGGAUGGAGUGCUCAGCUCAACAGAGGACCAUGUCUUGGUCAUCUGUUCCACUAGCAAGCCUGAAGAAAUAGAUGAAGCUCUGCGUAGGUACUUUGUUAAGAGGCUACUCAUCCCACUCCCAGACACCUCAGCACGACACCAACUCAUCAGUCAGGUGCUCUCCCAGCACAACUACUGCCUCAGUGAUAAAGAGGUAGCACUGCUUGUCCAACGGACAGAGGGAUUCUCGGGGUUAGACCUGGUACGUCUUUGCCAGGAAGCCAUUGUCGGACCUUUGCACAGCAUGCCUGGCACAGAACUGUCUGGAAUCAUGUCAGGGCAGAUGAGGCCACUAUCUUACCAAGACUUUGAAAAUGUCUUUUGCAAAAUCCAACCCAGCAUAUCACAGAAAGAACUGGACACAUACACUGAGUGGAACAAAAUGUUUGGCUGUAGUCAGUGAAAUGGGAGCUUAAGGGGGCCAUAUAGGGUGAUUUCUCCUUCUGUAAGGAGAAGUCCCAAUUCAGAAUUCUUUAAGUGAAAAUUACAACAAUAAUGGGUGGGUUUUACUAAUGACCCUUAAAUAACAUCUGGAAUGACUCUCUUAAAGACCGAAAUGAUGCAUAGUCAAUAUAAGGCCCUUUGCACAUAGUCUUAAAGACCACAAUUUCGCUCAACACUGCUAAAGCUGAGCAUCAUUUGCUGAAGAGCACUGUCACUGAAAUUACCACAGAGACAAAUUCCAUUGUGUGUGUGUGUGUGUGUGUGUGUGUGUGUGUGUGUGUGUGUGUGUGUGUGUGUGUGUGUGUGUGUGUGUGUGUGUGUGUGUGUAUAUAUAUAUAUAUAUAUAUAUAUACACACACAUAUAUCAUUCUGCUGUUUUUGAGAUUCUGUUGCUAUUAAGUGCCUAAAGUGGUGCUUUAUUAUUUUGUAUUUUGGUUGGUUUGCCUCACAAUCUAUAUUGGUGGCAUGUGCUAAUAUAAAAAGCUUUAACCUGAGACUAAAAAUAAGAAAACAACCAUAUUCCUCAACUGAGUCUGAUCUGUUGGCCCCUUGUGGGCAUAAGAAGUUCUUGUGGCAUUUAUAAUCUGGGCCCUAAUUUAUGGACUUUAUUUGCUUUUGAUUUUCUUCUAAAACUCAGGAACGUGAUUGUGAUUUGUACAGUACCUCAAAAGAUUGUGUCAAAGCACUACAUAUUGGGUUUGGAUUUUGAUUUGCAUUGAGCUAAAAUUCUCACCUCAGCUGAUUAAAACAUGACAUGGAUAUGACUAUGAAUGUAACCAGAUCAUUUCUGGACUGUUUGGGGGGAAAAAAUGUUUCUCUUUUUUCCCUUAUUUGUCAAGUAUUGAAUUUAAAAUGAAAUAUUAAUUCCAUUAUGAGUAUCUUGAAACAGAGGGAUAAACAAUGAAGAAUUCUGAAUUGCGGCAGUCUUGAAUACAGCACCCUGUUCCCUUGCAUAGCACAGUAAACACUCUAUAGUGCAUUUGUAAUCAAAGUUUAAUUCUAAGCCUUAGCUACGUAAGAGAAGUUGCAGGGGACCACAGUUUGUGUUUUGUGAAAUUAGGUAUGUAAUCAGUGAAGAGAAAAGACAGACUCAUUGCAGUGAACCAAAACUUUUACACAGACCACCACAUAUAUUUAAGGGAUAAAACACUUUGGUUAUUUGUAAGCAUUGUUUUUAACAAUAUUGUUCUGCUGCUGUGUGUCAUUCAUGUAACAAUCCUGAAGGAUCAUGUGUAACCUGUGUUCUUUUCUACCUCAGUUCAUCACUGUUUUUUUUUUUUUGUUCGUUUUUUUUUAAGCAAAAACUAAAGAGGCUAGCUUGACGUCCUAAACUCCCUAGGCUCACUAAAGGAGAAGAAAGCCUGUUUAUACAACUAGCUGCUCGAAAGAGUUAAAUGCGAUUAACACUGUCUGCAGUUCUUCUUCGCACAAUAUAUAGUGCAGCCUCCCUUCAUAUACAUGCUCCAUGGGUUUUGUGUUGCACUCAGAGGGCACGAUUCUCCAGUCAUUGCACUCCCCUUUUGGUGUUCCCGCUUCAUAUUGUUGGCAGCUUUUUUCUUUACUAACAUUCGCCGCUAGUCACAUGACCGGGUAUUACCAAUGGGGACACUGGAGACAAGCUUGCACCUGUGUUUACAGCACAUGAGGAACAGUCAAAGAAGGCCUUGUGUUGAAUGUAUGUUUGUGUUUGUUUGUUUACUCGCUCCCAACGCCCCACCACCUCCACCUUUUUAUCCUGUGCGCAUUUCAUGUUUGCCAUUUUGUGAAGCACUAGUGAGUGGAGUGGUGUAGGACUGCCUAUGUACAGCACUGAAGGAGAUGCUAUUUCCUUUUCCUCUCACUGUUUAUCGUAGGCCAUUAUUGCAUGCAUUCUCUCUCCAAUGUGAUUGUGGAUGUCAUGCAUUCUUGGGUGUUGGCAUAGUCCCUUUUUACUUCAACGCUGCAACGUUUUCCUGUCAAAGGUGCUUAGUGGCUGGAGCUAACGUUUCAUCCACUGGAUGUAUAUGUGAUUUGUCCAUGCAGAAAUAGUCAUGCAUUUCAUAAUGGACAUCUAGUUGUAUUUAGCAGCUGUAAAAUACCAUUCACUUUACCAUUCUGCAUUAAUAAUGUGAUUAAGAGGAAACUUGCAAAGAUGUCAAGCAUGUUUGGUAUCUGUCCAGUAUGACGUCAGAUUUGUCCUGGUCCUGUCGUUAUAGUAAAUGUCAGCAUAUUAUUUUGUCAAAUUCACUUUUGGUUUAUUGUUUAUCAGUUGAAACCAUCAUCUUUGCACCAAAGCAAAUAGAACCAAUUUACUUCAACAGACAAUAUGAAAUUGAUAAAACAUAGCAACAAUAGCAAUUUCCUGUUCUAGUUAAGUGGUAUAGAUUUCCACAUUUAUUUCAACAUCCAGAAUAAGGAAGUUUUGUGCGUAUUUAAUUUAAAUUGAUGCAAUGAUGCUCAGAGCCAAUCUUACAAUCUUCUGUUGUGAAUAAUUUUUGUAUCAUUAUUAUCACGGUUUUGGUGUGGGAACAAUCCACGGGCAUUCACUUCUACAACAUCCCUCGGAAAUCUGGACAGAUCCUUCGUGACUUGGAGGCUAUUGUGAAUGCCCCUGAUUACUGCUGAUUGCAAAAACAUUAGGUUUAAGACUACUUUAGUGAAAAAUGAAGUGAAAAGUUUUAAAGCACACCUUUUCUCAAUCAUCCAUUUGGAUUUGCCUCUUUUUUCACUCCCUCUACUUGUUUUUCAUUCUGUAUCCUUCUGCACUCUUCUAGUUGUUGCUGUCAUAUCAUUUUUCUAUUUCAGACAUUGAUCUCUAAAACCAUUUCUACCUCAUUGCUACAUACACACAUGUAGUACCUAUGUUCUGUCUUUUUUGAAUGUCAUGCAUUUGUAUAAAAGGCAAAAAAAAUUCAAAAAAAUUAAAAAACAGAAAAAAUAUAUAAAAGUGGGAAAAAAAAAGCUUGUCCUUGAACUUGAGCAGUCUACCUCAGAAAGACUGUCCCUACACUGAGCAGUUUAGUAGUUGGGCAAAUGAUGAGACACACAAGAGAGUGUUGAGGUAAAGAUAUUGCACACAGUUGUAACUUUGAAAUCUACUUACAAAAAAUAGGAAAAAAAAAAAACAAUGGGUAAAGGAUGUUGUGGGCUGUAUAGGUCUUCUUCAAGGUCUCUAAAAUGCAGAUUCAGUUUUUGGAUUAUAAUAAAAUCGCUUUACUCCUUUGUGAAAUGUAGUGUGCAUGUGAAUGUGUGUAUGUCCGUGUGUGUGCGUGUGUGUGCGUGUGUGUGUGUGCACUUAUCAUUAAGUGUGUAAGUGUGCAUUUUUAUAUAUGAAAAUUCUAUAUGAAAUGGAAUUACAUUUCAUAUCUUGUAUUUGUACAUGAGCUACACUCGCACAUAUGUGUACUUAAUGUACAUUGUUGAUAUAACAUUUUGAAAAACACCACAUAACGUUUCUAUGUGUGUGUAUGUACAGUAUUGCCAUAACUGCAGUCAAUGUAAAUGUAUUUUCAUGUAUUCAUAGGGGCAAAGGAUAAUAAAAGAUCAUUAACAUGUUUUUGAAA